AUGCCUCAAGGAUCCGCGGCGGCUAUCUUCAAUCCAGUCGUCCAAUCACUUUCACCGGUGGCUAUAUCCUUUGUCCCAGAAAAUGGAACAGCUCCUGAUCUCCCCUCCAAUGUUCACUUAUUGCAGGAAUAUGUGAUCCCGCCAAAUGUUAAUCAAAAUCGCUUCUUCCUUUUUACCCACGAAAUUGGUGAUGUUGCAACGCUUGGCGAAAUUGUCGACCCCGACGGAUCAGGACAGUCGUCUAAUCUCAAAGUUGACACGUACUUCAACUAUUCGAUAGCCUCCCGAGUGGUCUAUGUCACUGGUCAAAUUGGAACACAGAACAUCUCGGUGAACUUUCAGUUACCUUUCAGAAGCGAUAUUACCAUGGUCUUCGUCCCUGUAAAGAAACUUGACAACCCGCCCAGUCAGCCAGUUUGGAUUGAUUGGAAACAUCUGACUAUCAAUGUGACGGGCAGUGCGAGUAUAUUAGAGGCAAUUCCAGGCGUUUUAGCCUGUGCUCUUCUCAUCUUCUUCAUCGUGAAAGCAUUUACCUUCUAA